AUGUCAUUACCUGAACAAAGUCUUCCGCUCCCCGACUCAAACGCGAUUUUGAAAAUUUCAUCACAAACAAUAUUUCGACACGUCCCAUUCACUGUGGAGUUUUCUGCGUCCCCCCUUUGGCUUUCAAAAAACUCGAUCCGUCCUGAGGACAUCUUAUAUGCUGGUCUUCGAACAAAAGUUUUAAAGGUUCGAACGACUGAUGAAGUGAAAGAGUGUCCGAGUUGUUCCAAAGGUCGUAAAGUGAUAGAAAUUGGUGUAUCAUCCAACCAAAAGUUUUUAGAAGGUAAAAUGAUUAACGGUCGCCAGAUCUUCACUUUCGACCGGUGCCGAUCGAAUUGUUCUUCUUCACGAAAUCACCAUAAGGAUCAGCUCUAUUUGUCGAUUGAAUUCUCUCAGAACGUUUCCGUUUCUUCUCAGCCAUUUAUCAUUCGAUCACGAGUUCUUCUUCCCAAAGGAAAAGAUGAGAAACAAUUGAUCAAGAAAGUCGACCAAAAAGUCAUUGUCGUCUGUGUAGAGGGCGAUCGUUCACCCUUCAUCGAACAAAUCAAAGAUUUGGCUAACAAAGAAGCUCCAGACGCCUGUAAUGUCGUCAUCAAAAACUUCGAAGGGUUGAGUGUCUUAUACAUUCAUGUCAAUAUCGACGUCGCUGAAGCCUUAGAAACAAAGCUCACACAAAUCGUCGAGCCAGCUUCUACAUCAGAACAUUCAGCUUUUGUUAUUUCUUCAUUAACUAAUUGA